UGCUGCUGCAUGUGACAUUGAUGUCAACAGAGGGUCAGUUCAGUUUGCGUUCCUCAUUUUUCAUUCAUAACAACAUUGUUCAGUAAAAAACACACAAGUAGCAGUCUCACUGGAGUGUAACGUGUUUCCGGACACGGUUAGUGUUUGUUUACCCGCAGCAGCGCAACGGUAAUGUUAGCUAGCUACUCCGCAAGCUAACGUUAGCCUAGCCUGGAUUGGAGACUUCCCGUUGUGAACCCAGGAGCUUCGGUUCGUCUGGUCCGUGUAUCACCAUGAGGCUGACCGCGCUGCUGUCGAUGGCAGUCCGGGUCAUCGUGCCUAGGGACUACCGGUACGGCACCAACAGGCCGUGGACCGCGGCCGCUAAGAGGCUGAAUCCCCUGGGCAAGAGGAGGAGGAAGGUGUUCGUGGAGCCGAUAGCACCGGAGGACUGGUCCGUGCUCCGAGGGGACAUGGUGGAGAUUCUCGCAGGGAAGGGCCAAGGGAAGCAGGGGAAAGUGAUCCAGGUCUUCAGGCACAGAAACUGGGUUAUUCUGGAAGGACUGAACACACAUCACAGGUUCCUCGGACGCACGGGGGAUUAUCGUGGAAACUACAUUGCCAGCGAGGCUCCCCUCCUGCUGGGUCAGGUCGCCCUCAUUGACCCCUCCGACAGGAAGCCAACUGAAGUGGAGUGGAAGUUCACGGAGGAGGGUGACAGAGUCCGAGUGUCUCUGAGGACGGGUCGAAUCAUCCCUAAGCCUGUUGUGCAGCGACGAGACGGCAUCGUGCCAGAGCAGUGGAAAGAUGGUCCCAAAGACACAAGUCCUGAAGACACUCUAGAAAAGACUUUUGUUCCGUCCCUCAAAACGCUGGAGGAGGAGGUCAUGGAGAAACUGGGUAUUCAGGAGAACAGGCGAAACAGAAGAUCCUACUGGUACUGACCAGAGAAAUUAAAGACACUCACUCCCCACAUCGUGAUACUCAUGUUUCACAGCAAUUCCGAAGA